AUGCCCAGCGAUCGAGACUCCGACGACCAAGACCGCAACAAGAAGCCCUCCAAUACACCCCAAGAUCGCGACAUGGAGAGCGAGACCAACCCGUUCGUCGCCUUCCGGCGCUUCGCUGAUGAACAAGUCUCUUCCGUCUUACAAUCCAUCACUGGUCUCCCUUCCGCCGUGUCGCCUCCCCAGCCAGACCACUGGACUAUCUUCACCGACGAUAAAACCUACAAUAGCAUGAAAUACCGACACCGAGACGGCGCCAGCCCAAACAAUGCGGGGGAUCAGAGCUAUACAUCGAGCGGAGGCGCCGAAAGCAGCUCGUCCGGAAAUCGCGAUGAUAACGACAAACCCUCAGAUAACAACGGUGGCACACCCGUAUCAAACUCGUCACAAUCGCAGCCAUCCGCAGACACGGACUCAAAGACUUCGCAAUCGCGCCAGCGCUGGUCUAACGAGCCGUCAGACCCGCUUAGCCUUGACGCGCUCUCCUUCCCUCUCUUCUCACAGCCCUUUCGGACACACUUCAACUUCUCCAUGCCAUCAUUCUUUCAGCACUUCGAUGACCAAUGGCCGUUAAACUAUAUAACCUUCAGUCCCUACUCCCCUUUACACCUGGAGCGCCAAGCACGCGACCGAGUACGCCAGGAGAAGGGCGUGUUUUCCUCCCUCGUGUCCUCCUUCCGGGAGGAGUCGGAUCGUGAUCCCAACGAGCCGCAGUGGCGGGAGGCCUUUGAAGAUCUUCUUCGAGUCGAGAAUGGAAUGUCGCUACUGGAUCGCGAUAGGUUGAUCGCCGGCAGGACCGAGAGCGAGUGGGACUGGCUGAAAGGGCUGGUUAAACGUGGAAGUAUGGGCAGCGGGUUCCAAUUCGUGACUGGCUCGGAUAGAGAUGGAGUCUUUGGUAUCCAGGGUGCUGGGACCUACAAAGACAGAUCCUUGGAGGGUACGGAAGCUGAAGCAGAUGACGAGCUAGCCUUGUACGAGCGCUUCAUGCAGGAUCUUGAGGCCUGGGAGCGAGACUUUUCCCAAGUCUUCAACAGAAGUCACAUUCUGCGCUCUCUUGUUGAAAAUCGCCAAAACCGACAUCAGUUAGAGGAGCUGGGCCAGUCUGAUUCUCGUCGUGGCUUCCCUCCACUCGAGGACAAACAAGGUGACGACGAUAACGAGAGCUGGCUCGAUCUUGUCUCGGGUGGGAACCGAAAGUCCGUCCCUGAGACGCCAGUCGAGUCCAGUCUCUCAGAUGACGCCUCCUCGUCUCGCAUUAUUUCCACCAUGUCUCGGACAGAACGAACGCGUCUCCCCGAUGGCUCUGUCCAGACCAAGAAAGUUGUGACGAAACGCUACGCCGAUGGCCGCGAGGAGACAGACUCAUCCGUUGAAACGACCCAUCCUCGUUUUGCCGACCUAUCGGUCUCGGGAGAUGGCGAGUCUAAGCCGAAGAAUGGUUGGUUCUGGAAGGAGUAA